AUGGUAACCGUAGUCACCAUUGUCUCCAGGAUCAUGGUUAUCAUGACUUCCAAUAAAAUUCCUAACAAAGGAUAUCCACAUACGGACAAGAAACUCUCGGAUAUCAAUAACGUGCCUGGAAUUCAUUCAGACGACCAAAAGGUGAAUGAAGGGUCAAGCACAGGUCACUUGUUUUUUCCUGAGGAUCGUCCGUUAAAUGGAUAUAUAGUGUAUGACUGCAGUAAACGACACAUGGGUCUGUGUGGCGGAUGGUCAGACAGACUGUCCGGUAUACUAAGUACAUUUGGAAUAGCCAUCGUAGCACGCCGACACUUCAAGAUUAAUCAUGAUAAACCGUGUGCUUUUGACACUUUUCUUGAACCUAACAAAUAUAACUGGAAAAUUGACGAAUCUAAAGUACCACGAAACACCCAGUAUAUGAAUUUGAUUGACAAUAACUCCUACAAACUCAGAGUCCAGACUGUAACGACUAAUCAUCUUGAAAAUGCGUUUCUACAAAAUGUCACUUUUAUCCGAAUGAAUUGGGAUAUGACACGGGACUUUAGAAAACGACCAAACAUCGCUGGAGAUUUUCCUUGGGUUUCAAAACUACAAUACGCUGAUAUAUAUUCCGAACUGUAUCAUUACCUUUUUAAACCCGGCAAAACUGUUCUAGACAAAUUUGCUGAGAUUCAGGAAAGAAGAAAGCAUAAAUUAUUAGCAUGCUCACAUUCGCGCGCGGGAGACAUUGGUAAUAAACCCAGAGAUUUUUCAAAAAUUUGGAAAUUUCUUUCAAAAUUAGACCGUUCUAAAUAUGAUAUAUUCAUAGCAUCCGAUCAGCAAUAUGUGCGGGAUGCUGGCAUUAAAUUUCUUCAAGGGUAUGACAUCAUCACCUUGUCGGGUACGCUGGGAAAUAUGGAUCACGGUUCAGUAGGAUGUGAUGUAUUUAUGACAAGUAUGGUGGAUUUUUACACCUUGACAACAUGUGACUUACUUGUCAUCACGGACAGCGGUUUCAGUAUCAUGUCCGCGUACAUCCGGGAUACCUCCGACAACCUUUACUGCAUGGGAGGUAAUGAUGUGUUUCCUUGCUCUAGAUACAAUCUAGAGGAUAUCUAUCCGGGCAACAUGCUUGCUCCACCAUUAAAAUUAAGUUAA